AUGGUAAACGACCGAGGGGUAGACCGAAGCCAAGGUGGGAAGAUUGCGGCAGGAUAUAAUAGAGACAGAAAGAGGGCGAAGGGGGGUACGCGGAGGGAGCGAGGGGGGGGGGGGGAGAAGGAACGGAUUGAUUUUCGCCUGCGCGGUGGUGCGCUCUGCCGGCACAUACCUCGGCUCAUUCUCCCCACUCCUGAGGACCUGGUUAGUCCAUCCAGUUCAGUUGGCGGUGCCAUGAAGCUCUACCUCUGCCUCAUCGUCGUCUUCUUCUUCUGCGCCCAGGCCCAGGGCAAGAGGAAGCGCAAGUUCGACGGCGACUUCGAGUUCGCCGAAGAGGUGAGCUUUAUUAAUCUUCAGGUUAUCUUAAGUCUCUAG